CCAUGAUCAGCUGCGAUGGCCGGGGCUGCUGGCCGGGUCCGAGGUCGCGCCCUGCGGCGGUUUCCCAUCACCCUGCCUGUGGGCGACUUGAGCAACUUGCAUCUUAAGGAAGAGAAAAUCAAACCAGAUGCCAAUGGUGCUGUUGUCAAGACGAAUACCAAUGCAGAGAAGACAGAUGAAGAAGAGAAAGAGGACAGAGCUGCCCAGUCCUUACUCAACAAGCUGAUCAGAAGCAACCUUGUCGAUAACACAAACCAAGUAGAAGUCCUGCAGCGGGAUCCAAACUCCCCUCUGUACUCAGUGAAGUCUUUUGAAGAGCUUCGGCUGAAACCACAGCUUCUCCAAGGAGUCUAUGCCAUGGGUUUCAAUCGUCCAUCCAAGAUACAAGAGAAUGCGUUGCCACUGAUGCUUGCUGAGCCCCCACAGAACUUAAUUGCCCAAUCUCAGUCUGGUACUGGUAAAACAGCUGCCUUCGUGCUGGCCAUGCUUAGCCAAGUAGAACCUGCAAACAAAUACCCCCAGUGUCUAUGCCUCUCCCCAACGUAUGAGCUCGCCCUCCAAACAGGAAAAGUGAUUGAACAAAUGGGCAAAUUUUACCCUGAACUGAAGCUAGCUUAUGCUGUUCGAGGCAAUAAAUGUGAGUAUAGCCAGAAGAUCAGUGAGCAGAUUGUCAUUGGCACCCCUGGGACCGUGCUGGACUGGUGCUCCAAGCUCAAGUUCAUUGAUCCCAAGAAAAUCAAGGUGUUUGUUCUGGAUGAAGCUGACGUCAUGAUAGCCACUCAGGGCCACCAGGAUCAGAGCAUCCGCAUCCAGAGGAACUGCCAGAUGCUGCUUUUCUGCCACCUUUGGGGCUCUGUCUGGAAGUUUGCCCAGAAAGUGGUCCCAGACUGACAUUUAUCAGAAACUGAGCGGGAGGAAGAGACCUGGACACCAUCAAGGCAGUACUAUGUCCUGUGCAGCAGCAGAGGCGAGAAGUUCCAGGCCUUGUAUUAACCUCUAUGGGGCCAUGCCAUUGCUCAAGCCAUGAUCUUCUGCCAUGUGAGUAGGAGCACUAGUUGGCUGGCAGCAGAGCUCAAAGAAGGCCACCAGGUGGCUCUGCUGAGUGAGAUGAUGGUGGAGCAGAGGGCUGCGGUGAUUGAGCGCUUCGAGAGGAGCAAAGAGAAGGUUCUGGUGACCACCAAUGUGUGUGCCAGCGGCAUCGAUGUUGAACAAGUGUCUGUCGUCAUCAACUUUGAUCUUCCCGUGGACAAGGGCGGAACCCUGACACAGACCUACCUGCGGAUCGGGCGCACAGGCCGCUUUGAGAGGGGCCUGGCAGUGAACAUGGUGGACAGCAAGCACAGCAUGAACAUCCUGAACAGAAUCCAGGAGCAUUUAGUGAGUCAGGGGAGGCGAUUGGACACGGAUGAUUUGGAUGAGAUUGAGAAAAUAGCCAGCUGA